UUUGCAUAUAUGAAUAAAUUUGUUGCUAGUGUUUUGGAAACUGAACAAAUGAAGUCCGUUGCUACGUAAAACGAUUAUAGUGAAUUCGGCGUCGACGCUGUAAACUACUGUAAAACAUGUCUUCGUCAGUAAUAGUCGCUGGUGUCAACGUCAAAGAAAUAGCUACGUAUUUGAAUUGCUCAAUAUGUAGAAAUAUUAUACGAACACCUAAGCUUCUUCCUUGUCUCCACUCUUUUUGUCAACAUUGUUUGGAGGAUCUCAAUCGGAAAGACGGCAUGCUCAACUGUCCUCAGUGUCAAACUGAAAUUCAACUUUCAAAUGAAGAGGUUAAAAGUCUUCCUAGUAACUGCUUUCUUGAAAAUAUGCUUGACAUAGCGUUACUUAAUUCGAGUGAUACACGACCAGUGCCAUGUACAAACUGCGAUCUCAACGCAAUGGCAAAGUCAAGGUGUAUUGAUUGUGGAGAGUUUCUUUGCGGAGACUGCUAUAAUGUACACAAACGGAUUCGCCAGACUAAGGAACAUCGAAUUCUUACCAUUAAAGAGCUGUUGUCGACUACAACAGGAGAAGUACUACACCGUCUAGCCUAUUGUGGUCAACAUUCUACAGAGCAGUUAAAGUAUUUUUGUGAUACGUGUAACGAAGCAGUUUGUCGAGAUUGUUUGAUAAUUGAACACAGACAGCACAAAUAUGAUUAUAUCCAAGAAUCCAAGAAAGUAAAAAAGCAAAGAUCAAACGUUGAAACACUUCUUCAAGAGACGGCAGAAAAGAUUUCAACAAUCGAGAAGGCCACUGUUGAAAUAGAAAAUGUACGUGAUGCUUUGUAUGGUCGCCUAGGAACGGUMAAGGGAGAGAUUCGCACGAUGACAUCACAACUUAUCAAAAUCUUAAAAGAGAGAGAACAACAGCUUCUGUUUAAGGCUGACCAAAUGUUCAACCAAAAGCUAUCUAUUCUCGACCAGCAGUCGCAAGAGCUGAACUUGGCUCACGUCCGAGUAAAAACUGCUUGUGAUUUCACCGGACAGUUUUUGAAUUUUGCCAAUGAAGUUGAGAUAUUAACGCUAAAAGAACUGAUUCGAAAUAGGCUUUCGARUUUGAAUAAAAUGGACGUAGAGACUAAACCUAGGGAGCGAGGCGACAUGCGAUAUGAAGUAGAGGCAAUUGACUCUGAAAGAGCUGUAGUACAAGCAUUAGGGAAAGUGAAAACCUCUGGUGAAGUGUUUACGGAGCCUAUGACUCGCGAAAGUAGUGGAAUAAACGAAAGUAACAACAGCGUUUUAUUCACAACUCCUUUACACGACACGUCCAACUGUAUCACAGUUGACUUAAAAGACUCUAAUGAAGAUAUAAUUGUACCUGCACUUCACGGUCAAACAGGAGUUAUCUUCAAGCCUGCAAAAUCAGGCAUUUAUUCCCUUACUGUACAGUGCUGCAACGAGUUUAUUACAAGUCUCCCAAUUAAUUACCACACUAUACCGACACAAAAGGUUACUCCUCAGUCAGCGAUCCGCGAGCGAAGCGCAAAGCAAACGUUUGGAGGUAGCGGUGGAAGAUUCGGAAAAUUAUCAGACCCGCAAGACGUUGCUGUAGACAAUGCGGGUCACGUGGUCGUUAGUGAUUCAAGAAAUCAUCGUAUUCAGGUAUUCGAUCUGGAUGGAACGUUUUUACGUCGCUUUGGUUGUUCUGGUGCAAAUGAUGGGCAGCUUCAGUCCCCUAACGGUGUUGCUGUUAACCAAGACGGCAAUGUAGUAGUAUCUGACAUGAUUAAUAACCGAAUGCAGAUAUUUACUAUCACAGGUCAACACGUGAAAACAUUUGGUCAAGAUGAUCUACAUCACCCGAGUGGAGUCACUGUCGACAAAAAUGGGAAUGUAAUCAUUGUUGACCGUGGCAACGCAAGAAUUGUUAUUUAUGACAAAGAUUGUGAAUUUGUAACAAGCUUUGGUAACCUGGGAAACGGAACGGGUAAUUUUAACUGUCCUUCACAUGUUGCAGUAAACAGUAAGGGGCAUAUCAUUGUUUCAGAUUUCGGUAAUGAUCGCAUCCAGGUGUUCAGCUCAACGGGCAACUUCAUGUUCCGUUUUGGAGAAAGUGGACGUGAGACUGGUCAAUUCAAUUGGCCGACAGGAGUGGCUGUCAACCAAAACGAUCAGAUAAUUGUUAGUGACUCGUAUAAUCAUCGUAUUCAGAUAUUUAACUCGGAUGGCUCGUUUGACAGUCAAUUUGGCGCUGAGGGCGUAAAGGCGGGAGAGUUCAAACGACCUGCAGGAGUAGUGAUGAGUAAAAAUGGUCUGAUUAUCAUUGCUGACUGGGGAAACGAUCGGAUUCAAGUGUUUUAGCUAGGCAAAUGUUUUGCUGUUUGAGCCUAUUUAAGCAUAAUUUUAAUACCGAUUGAAACCUGCUUUUUGAUUACACCCCUUAGUACUUUACUUUUACUCUAUUGUUUGCUUGGAAGAGCGAUAUAUAUUUUGUUCAUAGUUUUCUCGUACCUUAAAUUAAUCGACUAUCACAAAAUGAUGUUCAGAAAUGGAAAGAGGGGAUCAAAAUAAGUAAGAAGACAMAGUUUCAAGUCUCAACACUAAAUACUUCAAAAAUGACAGCAAAUAUAAAAUCAUUUUUUUUUUCUAAAGAAACAUAUGCAAAAACAGAACUGGAGAGCAAGCCUUGCUCUCCAGCUCUAUUUUCCCAUACAUUUCUUUAGAAAAAUCAAUAUUUUACAUUUGCUGUCAUUUUUUAAGUAUUUAGAGUUGAGACUUGAGACUUUGCCAUUUUACCUAAAUAAACCUGCUCUGUCCAUUUCUGAACAUCAUUUUUUGAYAACUGAUUGAUUUAAGGUAGGGGUGGUCACGUGACCCCMAGCUGCAAAAGGCCUAUUACGAGAUUCGUUCGAUCAGUUCCGGAUGACCCUCGUGUUGUAAUUAGCUAAAUCAAGAAGUUCCGUGAGUGGAACUUCCUUACAAAAGUGAUAGUGGUAGUCCGCAAAAUGUGACAAAUUGGUGAUUAUCACUUUUGUAAUUGAGUUUUGCAAKUUAUGCACAUUUUUUAUGUUUGGAAACUGACGUCUGUCAGACUACACUUCCGCUUUUGGAAGGGAGCCACUUCACCUGUUUAGGGAGUGUUAAAAAAGUACCAUGGGGUAACUCAGAAUUCAAAGGAGAGGGGGCAUAUCGUUUAAACCUUUUUUUUAUUUUACUUAAUUUAAUUAUUUGAAAGAGGCUUCGACAUCCAAGGGGACAGCAUCCAAGUUAAUCAAUGAAGAUCAGGAGGGAGAGGUUAAGACUGACCUAACUCUUAAUUUAAACGAGACGCAUCUGCGUGAACUAGGGGUUCUGCUUGGUAAAUAUCUACUAGUGAAUCAAUAUGUUAGGUAAAUUUUCAGUAUAUCCAUAAAAUUUGUAUACAUUUGUCAUUUAUUUCUUUGGUAAGUUUGAUGGUCUGUAUAUAAAUUUUAGUGGCACAUAGACAUUGGCAAUAUAAUUCAAGUAAACUAUUAUCGAACA